AUGUCGUUUGAAGAUUUCCUAAAUAACUUCACCCACCUAGACUUACUACACAUAGGACCAGACGACUGGAUGCAAGAACCUUCACUACACACUAAACGACCAUGGAGAGCAGUACUUGCCAGACGGCGCUGGCGGUCUGGUUUUAACGCUGGGGGUGGACCUCAGUACAAAGAGACAACAGCCAUGAAUCCACAGUUUCACGUCCAUAUUCCAAAGAACGGUACAAAUAAAUGUCACGUGGUUGUAUCCGUAACUCAAAAUUACACUCCGGGUCACGUGACAGAAGAUGGAAAAAGGAUGCCUCCUCUGCCAAUAGGCUUCGCAGUAUAUGAGGCUAGUUUAAUGAGUUAUAGUUCAUAA